AUGUCCAUCCCCGCCUUCUCCGACAUUGCCAAGCCGGCCAACGACCUCCUCAACAAGGACUUCUACCACCUGUCCGCCACCACCUUCGAGUUCAAGGACACUGCUCCCAAUGGCGUUGCCUUCAAGGUGACGGGCAAGUCCAGCCACGAGAAGGCCACCUCUGCUGCUAUUGAGGGAAAAUACACCGACAAGCCUACCGGCCUGACCCUCACCCAGACCUGGAACACCGCCAACGCCCUCGACACCAAGAUUGAGGUCAGCGACUCCCUCGCCAAGGGCCUCAAGCUCGAGGGUCUCUUCAACUUCCUGCCCGCCACCGCCGCCAAGGGCGCCAAGUUCAACCUGCUCUUCAAGCAGCCCGGCUUCCACGGCCGCGCCUUCUUCGACCUCCUCAAGGGUCCCACCGCCAACGUCGAUGCUGUCGUCGGCCACGAGGGCUUCCUGGCCGGUGCCAGCGCCGGCUACGACGUCAACAAGGCCGCCCUGACCGGCUACAGCGCCGCCGUCGGCUACGUCGCGCCCCAGUACAGCGCCGCCAUCACCGCCACCGACAACCUGAGCGUCUUCGCCGCCUCCUACUACCACAAGGUCAACAGCCAGGUCGAGGCCGGUGCCAAGGCCACCUGGAACUCCAAGACCAGCAACACUGUCGGCCUCGAGGUCGCCAGCAAGUACCGCAUUGACCCCGUCUCCUUCGCCAAGGUCAAGAUCAACGACCGUGGUAUUGCCGCCCUUGCCUACAACGUCCUCCUCCGCGAGGGAGUCACCCUGGGUCUCGGUGGCUCUUUCGAUACCCAGAAGCUCGACCAGGCUACCCACAAGCUCGGUGCCAGCUUCACCUUUGAGGGUUAA